AUGGGCGGCGGGCGGAUAUUCGCCUGGAAGAAGUUCGCUAUAGGAGCACUCGUCCUCAUCGCGCUUGUGUGGGCCUUCGGGCCUCGCAAGGGUGACAUCCUCCCCGAGAAAUACAUGCCUUCAAUCCUCCACCCCAAGCCUCACCCGUCCAUGAUUGACUUCGAGCCGCCACCGCCACCACCACAGGCCCCUGCGAGACCUCAUACUGACGAAGAUGAGGACAUCAAUCCCCCACGGCCAGCCGUGCUGCCCACAGACCCUGCAAGCGAUCCCGACCUCUCCAAGACGGUGCACUGCGCCGCGCCGUACAAGCCUACCCUGCCGCUCGUGCAGUACGCGCUCAUGAUCGACGCGGGCUCGACGGGCUCGCGCAUCCACAUCUACAAGUUCAACAACUGCGGGGCGUCGCCGACGUACGAGUACGAGGUGUUCAAGAUGACGCAGCCGGGGCUGUCUGCGUUCGCGGGUCGACCUGCAGACGCCGCGCAGAGCCUCGAUGUGCUGCUCGACGAGGCGGUGCGUGUCGUGCCCGAGGCGUUGCGUUCGUGCACGCCCGUCGCGGUGAAGGCGACCGCGGGGCUGCGCCUGCUUGGCAGCGAGGAGAGCGCGGCGAUCCUCGCCGCAGUGCGCUCGCAUCUGCAUGAGAAGUACCCGUUCAGCUUUCAGGAUGCGGACGGCGUCGUGAUCAUGGAUGGCAAGGAUGAAGGCGUGUAUGCGUGGAUCACCGCGAACUACCUCCUGAAUACGAUCCGCGGGGACUCCCUCGCGGGCACGCCGUCGUACGCAGUGCUGGACCUCGGCGGUGCGUCGACGCAGAUCGUGUUCGAGCCUGCUUUCGACUCUGCGAAACCGGACUCGACACUCGAGGCGGGCGAGCACAAGUACGACCUUGCGUUCGGCGGGAAGACGCAUGUACUGUACCAGCAUUCGUACCUCGGCUACGGACUCAUGCGUGCGCGUAGCAGCGCCCAUCGCUUGGUAGAGUUUAUGGGCUCUAUGAGGGGCACAGGCAGCGGUGCCAACGCGACGAUUGCCAACCCGUGUCUUGCGCGGGGUACCGAAAAGGCCAUUGAGAUCCAGGACGAUAGACUGAAUGACCAGUUCUCCGUGACCAUGGUCGGCCAAGACGUCGGCUCCUUCGAGGCAUGCAACCGCAUCAUCGAGCUGGUCAUGGCUAAGGACGCCAUCUGCGAGGUGAAGCCGUGCUCGUUCAACGGCGUAUACCAGCCCUCGCUCAUGGAGACGUUCCCUUCGGGCAAGAUCAUGCUACUCUCCUACUUCUAUGACCGCCUCCAGCCGUUUCUCGCCGCAUCGUCAGCACUGGCGGAUGCGCCCAUCAACGUCUCCACCUUCGCCGCGCUCGCGGAGACGGUCUGCCUGGGCAAGUCCGCAUGGACGGAGCACUGGGGAGGCAGCCAGGCUCUAAUGGAAGAGCUCGCGGACCGCCCCGAGUGGUGCCUCGACCUGACGUUCAUGCAUGCUCUGCUCCGCCUCGGGUACGAGCUCGACGGCACGCGCGACGUCGAGAUUGGGAAGAAGAUCGGCGGUACGGAGCUCGGCUGGUGCCUCGGUGCGACGCUUGCUAUGGUAGGCGCGGAGCUCAAGUGCAGAGUAUAG